AUAUACAUAUAUAUACGCACACACACGUGUACGUAUAUACAUACAGCAUCCUAUUAUAUAAUCAAUGGCCUUCCUUAAACGAACCUUGUUCAAUUAUUAACGGCGACGCCAUCUAUUUCGGAUUCGAAUUUCCAAGGCUGUUGUUGUUAUUGGAUAGAUAAUCUACAUUCUCUCUGUUUUCUCGGGAAAAAAAGAAAAAAAAAAUGAAGGAAACUACGGGAAACCCUCUCCACAUCAAGUCGCUGAAUCACAUCUCUCUCCUAUGUCGAUCCGUCGAGGAAUCCAUGAGCUUUUACCAGAAUGUUUUAGGGUUUCUCCCGAUUCGGAGACCAGGCUCUUUUGAUUUCGAUGGCGCUUGGUUGUUUGGUCAUGGAAUUGGGAUUCACCUUCUGCAAUCUCCUGAACCUGAGAAAUUACUGAAAAAAACAGAGAUUAAUCCCAAGGAUAAUCACAUUUCUUUCCAGUGCGAAAACAUGGAAGCGGUGGAGAAGAAGCUAAAGGAAAUGGAAAUAGAGAAUGUGAGAGCAGUAGUAGAAGAAGGAGGAAUCCAAGUGGACCAACUCUUCUUCCACGAUCCUGACGGCUUCAUGAUAGAGAUCUGCAACUGCGAUAGCCUCCCCGUUGUGCCUCUUGCAGGAGAGAUGGCUCGCUCUUGCUCUCGCCUCAAUAUCCACCAGCUCGUCCAGCCUACUCCUCAGAUCCUCCCCUAGUUCCUCUGUUACUUGUUUAAUUGGUCCAAACGCACACCACGGAUAUUGCGUCACGUGUGACGUCUUAAUUAAUUUGUCUCUUUUGGAUUUGUGUGUUAAUUAGUAGAUUGCGUGUAAUAAAGAGUGAGGUUGAUGU